CUAGAGGGCAGCGGUUAGGGUCGCUUCGGAAACAAGGAAGAAGAAGAAUACCCAGUGUUGAUAACCAGUUAGCGCUCAAGAUACUUCACAAUAAUGCCGUUCACCUGCUUAUGGUUUACUUCGCUGUGUAAUAGGAAGCUUUACUUUAAGGUAAUCUGAUGUUUAGCUACAAUAGGUAACCGACAGCGUUUCGUUUUCUAAUUCGUGGACGCUAUCGUUAACUAUAAACUAGGAUGUGCACCAGAGUCGACAUCCACGCCAAAGUGUGAAAGUCAAAAAGCAGGGAGACUUGCUACAGUGGGCAAGGCUGAUUAUAGAAUAGAAUCACCGUACAUUACCUGAAGAAGACCUGUUGGAGGAAGACAUUUACUUAACGAGGGAUAUCUGCUGAGAUGUAUCACUGACCAGCUGAAGCCCUUUGCACACUCCCAAGUGUUAAAUGGGGAAAAGGAAAGACAUGAUCCACCCCAGGUUCCUUGCAGCCGAAGGUGGACUGCAUGCGCUCCACAAGAGGAAACACAAAAAACACAAGAAGCAUAAGAAGAAGCAUCACCGUGACGACGCCAGCGGGGGCCACACCUUCCCCGAGCCCUUGGAGAAACACCCCCACCCCCACCACCCCAUGCCCAUGCCCAGACCCCCACCGCCACCACAGCUACGGCUCAAGAUCAAACUGGGGGGCCAGACACUGGGCACUAAGAGUGUGCCGACCUUCACCGUGCACCCUGGCGUCGCCUGUCCCCCCUCACCGUUGAUGAUCGUCAAUAAACACAAUGACUAUGACGACGACGACGACGACGACGACGACGACGACGACGAUGAUGACGAAGAGCCGUCCGUGCCUCUGGAGCAGUACCGGGCCUGGUUAGUAGGUCCCAAUCCCUCUUCAAAGACACAUGAUGAGGACAGCAACGUGGCUACCUCCCCGAUGCCGGACGUGGACUCGGACUCGCUGCCCGCGGUCCCGGUAGACGAGGAGGAGCGGUGGCUUGACGCCCUGGAGAAAGGAGAGCUGGACGACAACGGAGAGCUGAAGAAGGAGAUCGACGAGUCCCUGCUCACCGCCCGACAGAAAGCCUUGCUCCACAAGCAGCAGAGCCAGCCCCUGCUGGAGCUGCCCAUGGGCUACAAGGAGAAGGAGAUGACGGCCGAAAUGAUGCAGAAGCGGGAGGAGCGUGCCCGCAAGCGGCGCCUGCAGGCCGCCAAGAAGGCGGAGGACAGCAAGAACCAGACCAUCGAGAGGCUGACCAAGACCAGCAAGGCCAAGAUCAAGAGCAUGCGGGAGAGGAAGUUCAAGCAGGCCCAGUGCCCCAUGGUGCGCUACAGCGACUCUGCCGCCGGGGGCGUGGCCAUCUCCUUCCCAGUGGGUGUGGCUCCGCCCAUGGCGGCGGCGGCCCCGCCCCCGGCUCCGCCGGCGCCCUGCGGGGUGACGGGGUGCGACAAUCUCAAGAGGUACUGCUGCUCCACGACCGGCGUGCCGCUGUGUAGUCUGGCGUGCUACAAGAAGAACCUGGCGCUGGUGCAGACCGCCGCAUGAGGCCCGGCCGUCGAGCAAGGCACUAGAAUGUCAAGUAAGGCGGCCCUCAAGGGACAGAACUCCAUGAAAACAGGACUGGAUUUGCAUCAUUUUUUCAUUUUAUAAGUAAAGUAUUUGUAACGUGUGUAUGCUGUGUCCGAUCAGGUUUUUUCCCCCCCAUUGGUGGCAUUAUUUUGUUACAACGAAAUCAGAGAGUGAAUUUAACUGAAUUACCGGAACAUUUAUAUAUCGAAAGACGCUGCCUGUGGUUUUAUUUUUAAACCUCUUCCCCUGUUAACUCUUUUUUUAUUAUUUUAAUUAUAACCGAUGUAAUUGUAAUUAUUCAACAUGAUCGUGACACAUGGCUUACAAAGCAAAAGGAAUCACUUACUUUAAUUCUCUAAGAAAUGUACAUUGUUAUAAAGUGCGAUUACCGUACAAAAACAAAUACUGUACAUCUUAAAUAACAAAUUGUUUUCUGAGACAAUUCAUGGAUACUUUUUUUCAGUCAAUUACUGAUGGCACUAGUCAGUAGUGCCUGUACAGGCCACUUCUCCUUUCAAGACUUCCUUUAUUAAAAUGAACACCUUGGUUUCUGAGGUAUUUGUUUGAAGAAGCAACAGUUCCUUGAAAGGCAGCAGGAGCAGAAGGAUAAAAACGCGCACACCUCCUUGUUGUGUGUGCAUCUUGUGUUUCCGUCCGGCAGCAUGAGCCCAGAAGCCCUUGUUUUGAAUCCUGAGUGUGGGAGUCUGUGCAUGAAGCGCCCUGCUGGUGGACGGCCUCACAGAGCCAGGCCAAAGGACAGCCUGAAGGCCAGCUCCACGGGAACCUCGGGAACAGAGUCAUGGAAACACACGUAGAACUCCUGAGGAACCGGUUCCAGCAGCAUCCGCCUGGAACACACAUGAAAGAAUACCAAUACAAACAAAAAAAUGCAGUGAGUGCUGUAGUACAAAGUGAGGUUGAAAAUAUUUUUUAAUAAAGCCACAUAGAUUAAGACAAAGAAACGUUAAAUGGCUUAAAUCAAGUGAAGGGAUUUGAACAAACGUUAAAGUCUAAAUUAAUUAAACAAUGUAAACUUAAGAAAAAGUAAAUGGUUGGAAACAAAGUUACCGCUGAAUGAAAAGCGCAAAGCAUUGCUAAAAAUGCAGAAAUGUAAAAUGAAUUGAACUGAAGAAUCUGAACUGUAGAAUAUGACGGUUUGAAACUAAAACUGUGAUUCUGAAGAAACUUUAAAGGAUAUCGAAAUUCUGUUUAGAUAUUAUUGAAGAUACAAAUGUGUAGAUUUGUUAAAUGGUUUGAACAAAGAUAAACGGUGGAAAAUUGAUUUAGUUACGUCUUAAACAGUUGAGUACCAGUAACAGUUGAAAGUACGGCUCUGCCGUCCUCCCAUUAACACCCAUGUUAAGAAAAUAUCAUAUUUUAAAAUCUGAAAAGAAGCGCUCGAUUCCAAGCUAUUCUAGGUGAAAAUUUGAGGAAGGAGAUAAGUCCCAAAGAGAAUAAAGAAGAAAGAAUAAAACUUAUGACGAACAAUAGUUGAGCGUUGCAUGCAGAACUCAGCUAAUACAACUUAUAGGAAACAGGAAAAUGUGUUUGAAUAAUUAAAAGGUCACUCGUAACAUCUUAAAGUGGGGCAGCUUUUCUCUACACAGCAGUACUUUCAGUUUGGUUGGAAAUAAUUAAAAGGGGAUGCUAUUAUUCACUAGCUAACAAGAGACUUGGGCUUUUUAAUAAAUGUUGUAAAACUGUCAGAAAUAUGAUUUGUUGCCCUUCAGGUCCCUGCAGCACCCUUCAGUUAAACAACCCAGAAGUAGUGGGAGUAUUUCCAAGAUGAAAAAUUCAGUUCAGUAUUGUGACUAAUGAUUGAUAUUGCAGACAUUGGUCGCUUAGGGUGCACUCACACUAGGCCAUCUGGCAGACGCCGUGGCCGUUUUCACACCUAACCGUGCUCAAAUCUGCCAGUGUGAGUGUGGCCAGUCUAGCCAGGCCAGGCCAACUUGGCCACUAGGGAGAGGUGUGCUGCUACGGUACAGAUGCUAAUGAGCCGACACGCACGGCUACGCAACCUGAGCUGGAUGACGUAUAGUCCAUGCGACGACCAUGGACAUAAUAAAGGCGACGAGCCUUCUUUCCCAUUAAACGGUAAACAUGGCGUCAAGCGGUUCAACUGUUGGUUCACGUUGGUCCCAUAGAGAAGUUGAGUGUCUGUUAGCCAUUUGGGCAUUUGGGCUCCAAAUAAGCAACAGACUCAGCAAGUACGAACUGUGUUCUCUGUGUUGUUGUCCAUUGUUGUUAAAACUCUUGACUGGCGGCAGACUUUAUUAUGGUCCAUGCAGCGGACGCUUGGUGAUGACGUGUUACGACGUGAUGACGUAUGUACAAGAGCCUACCGUGGCCAGGCCACAGUUGCGACGGCCAACGGCCACGGCCAGAUGGCCUAGUGUGAGUGCACCCUUAGUCGACCUGGGUCUCUCUGGGCUUGCCGUAGACCAGGGUAUACUGAGUUCUAUUUCCGGGGGUCCAGAUUUCGUGAGAGUUGGAAGAGGAUGAAAUAAUCAAUGUGUAAUGUGUUAUUUUCUCGUAAGGUAACGCAUAACUAAUUUCUUAGAUAGUAACUACAAUUUUAUAACUUAAAAUAAAGAGUGCCGUUACACUAAAUGCUAAAGUGAUAUUAUUACAGUCGGUCCCAACUCUG